GUGCCAGGGCGAGCAGGAGGAUGAGGCGAACCCGAAGCCCGACGCCGACAGCUACAACGUGGAGAAAGGUAGCCAAUGGGAGGCGCAGGACAUCCAUGGAGAGCGGGGGGCCCUCCCAGGGGAGAACCAGCAGAACAUCGAGACCAGAUACCAGAAGUACGUCAUCACGCCCAGCAGGAAGUUCAGCCCAUUCACCCUGUUGGGCUCAAGCGGUAGGCCCACGUGGCCACUCGGGCCAGGCUUCGCGAAGAUG